UUUAAAAUUGGUUUCGUCUCUGUUUCUGAGUUUUGAUCAAUAUAUCACUUGCCUAACUUUCUAGGGCUUUUUUGCGUCUUUGCGUAUAGAUACAGAUUCAUUUUGUGAGUAACAAACACGUUUCCCCUUUGCAGGUUGAAUUAGUGAGAAAGAUAUUCGCAGAGCACCCAGAAGUUGCAGAAGAAUUCAAACCAAAGAAACAAGUGCUAAAUGCGCUGAGGAAUGCUUGCAGUAAGGUUAGCGAGCUAGUAGCGGAAGUAAAGGUGCAUGACUGGUUGAAGUCAAAGCUUAAUGACUUUUCCUCGGAGAGUAAGAAAGCAGAUGAUGAUCUUGGUGAAGUUCCCUUGGUGACUAAGAAAGAUGCUGAUGAUGUAUCUCGGGUUCAACACCUCGAGGAACGCAUCAAGAAUCUUGAGCAGUUUGAAUCCCGCUACAAGAUGGACUGUUUCAAGUUGAGGCUCAAGGAAAAUUCCUUGGAGAAGAAGCAGAAUUCAUAUGAUGCUAAUGUUUCUCUGGUCCAGAAACUCGAGGAACGAGUCAAGAAUCUUGAGCUGAUGGAAAAUGGUUCGAGGCUGGACAUUUUGAAGUCAAGGCUUGAGGAAAUUACCUUAGAGAGGAAUAAUUCAUAUGAUGCUGAUGGAUCUAAGGUCCAACUACUAGAGGAUAGGGUGUGGAAUCUUGAGUUGAUGGAGAAUAGCUCGAGGCUGGACAGUUUGAAGUCAAAGCUUGAGGAAAUUUCCGAAGAGAGGAAGAACUCGUAUGAUGCUGAUGGAUCUAAGGUCCAUCUACUAGAGGACAGGGUGAAGAAUCUUGAGCUGAUGGAAAAUGGCUUGAGGCUAGACAGAUUGAAGUCAAAGCUUGAGGAAGUUUCUUUGGAGAAGAAGAAAUCAGAGGCUGAUGGGUCUAAGGUCCAACAACAACUAGAGGAUAGGGUGAAGAAUCUUGAGCUGAUGGAAAAUGGCUUGAGGCUGGAUAGUUUGAAGUCAAAGCUUGAGGAAGUUUCCUUGGAGAAGAAGAAGGUCCAACAACAACUAGAGGAUAGGGUGAAAAAUCUUGAGCUGAUGGAAAAUGGCUUGAGGCUGGACAGCUUGAAGUCAAAGCUUGAGGAAGUUUCCUUGGAGAAGAAGGAAUCAGAGGCUGAUGUGUCUAAGGUCCAACAACAACUAGAGGAUAGGGUGAAGAAUCUUGAGCUGAUGGUUUCAGAUCUCAAGGUUGAACUGGACAAUGAGAAGGCUAAAUCCUCUGCCGAUGAUUUUUUGUUGGUCGACUAAGGUUGCUUGAUGUAGAGAUCAAGUUUUCUUAGUUUUGGUUUUAUUUUAUUAUUAUUAUUUUUUAAUUUCUAAUAGUAUAGAUUUCUUCUUAAUGGAAAGACUUGGUUAUGAAUUAUGAUGAUGGUUCUUUCUCUCUGUUUUUACAUGCAAU